AUGAAUAACGAUGAUUUGAAGCAAUUGGCCGAAUGGCUCAGAAAGUGCCAGCUGGAGAAGGCUGCCGAGGCUUUUGAACACUUUUUGUCUAUUUCUUCGUCAAAGCGCGGUUCUCUCUUAAGUAAGCUGGAUGAAGCUAUUGAAGCGGGAAUCAAGAAGCAGAAGCUGAAUGAUUCGACUGAUUCUAGUUCCUCGAGCAGCAGCAGUGACAGCAGCUCGAGUUCUAGUUCCUCAAGCAGUAGCAGUAGCAGCAGCAGCAGUAGCAGCAGUAGCAGCAGCAGCAGCAGUUCCGAUUCUUCAGAUAGUUCUGAUUCUGAAAGUGAAGAGGAGGAGAAGAAGGAGAAGGAGAGCUCUAGUUCUAGCAGUUCGGAUAGUUCUGACUCUUCUGACUCUUCUGACUCUACUGACUCUGAGAGUGAAGAGGAGGAAAAAAAGGAAGAAGAAAAGGAAUCGAGCUCUGAUUCGGAUAGCUCGGAUAGCUCGGAUAGCUCGGAUAGCUCGGAUAGCUCGGAUAGCUCGGAUAGCUCGGAUAGCUCGGAUAGCUCGGAUAGCUCGGAUAGCUCGGAUAGCGACGAGAGUGAAGAAGAAGAGGAAAAGAAGGAAGAGAAGAAGGAGGAAUCGAGCUCUUCCAGUUCGUCUGACUCCUCUGACUCCUCCGAUUCUGAGAGCGAAGAAGAGGAAAAGAAAGAAGAGAAGAAGGAGGAGAGCAAGGAAUCCAGCUCUUCUGAUUCUUCUGAUUCUUCUGAUUCUUCUGAUUCUUCUGAUUCUGAAAGUGAAGAGGAAGAAGAAAAGAAAGAAGAAGAGAAGAAGGAGGAAGAAAAGGAGUCGAGCUCUGAUUCUUCUGAUUCCUCUGAUUCUUCCGAUUCCUCCGAUUCAGAUUCUGAAAGUGAAGAAGAAGAAGAAAAGAAGGAGGAAUCGAGCUCUGAUUCUUCUGAUUCUUCUGAUUCUUCUGAUUCCUCUGAUUCUUCUGAUUCUGAAAGUGAAGAAGAAGAGGAGGAAGAGAAGAAAGAAGAGAAGAAGGAAGAAGAGGAAUCCAGCUCUUCGGAUAGUUCCGAUUCUUCCGAUUCCUCCGACUCUGAGAGCGAAGAAGAGGAGGAAGAGAAGAAAGAAGAGAAGAAGGAAGAGGAGUCGAGCUCUGACUCUUCUGAUUCCUCGGAUUCCUCGGAUUCCUCCGACUCUGAGAGCGAAGAAGAAGAAAAGAAGGAAGAAAAGAAAGAGGAGGAGGAGGAGGAGGAGGAGUCGAGCUCUUCGGAUUCUUCGGAUAGUUCCUCUUCCUCGGAUUCCUCGGAUUCUUCGGAUUCUUCGGAUUCUUCGGAUUCUGAAAGUGAGAAAGAAGAAGAAGAGAAUAAAGCAGAACAAAAGAAAGAAGAGGAGUCAAGCGCAUCAGACUCAUCAGACUCUUUAACUUUACCGAAGUCUGCGGUUUCUUCCGAUUCUUCCUCCUCUUCGGAAAGUGAAGAACCGGUAGAAGAAGAAGAAUCGAGUACUUCCGAUAGUUCGGAUUCUGAUUCUUACGAUAGCGAAGAAUCUUCUUCUUCUUCUUCUUCUUCUUCGGAUAGUUCCGACUCUGACUCCAGCUCCGAUUCGGAUUCCAGCUCGGACUCCAGCUCGGAUAGUAGUAGCAAUUCCAGCAGCUAA